AUAAAAUUUAGAAAAUCAAAACCUUCAAUCUUUACAUUUCAAUUUUUCCCCACGUAUAUAACAAACUCUAUCUAGAAAUCUUUUUCAAAAUUUUCCUUGAAGUUAGCCUCUGAUCAAGUCUCUCUGCUGGCCUUGAUGGGAAUAAGAAGCAAAACCUCAAGUGUGUAGGAUUCUACCAAUUGCCAGCAAGGAUAUAUCAAAGUGGGAGACCCUACUAGCAACUUCAUUCUAAGAAUUACGAAGUCGAUCAGAAUUGGAACACGACACAUCAGCUUCUGUUUUUUAUUUUUUGGGUGGAAUUAUAAGCUGAAAGUAAUGGAGAUCCAAAACUUUAGACAUUCGCAUCCUUUGCUCUUAAUUAAGGAUGGCAUAACCACGAUUAACCAGUUGAUUAAGUGUGGAAUAUGUCGACGUCCUAUCACUGCAGCUCCUUUAUAUGGUUGUGAUUCAUGCCAAUAUUACUUGCACAAAUCAUGUGCUGAGCUGCCACAACAAAUAUAUCACUCUUUUCAUCUUGCCCACCCUCUCACUUUGUUUCCUGUAAAUGGUACGGGCUAUUGCGACUCUUGUGAAAGAGUGAUCCCUGAUUCUCUUUUCUUUAGAUGUUUUGGCUGCGAAGUUUACUUAGACGUGGAUUGCGCAUCGAUGGCCCCCAUAACAUUCACAAAAUCUUAUGAAAACAAUAGUAUUCAACAUUCUAGUCAUCAACAUCCAAUGCUUGCACUUGAUAAGGUGGACAACAUUGAUUUAAUCCAUUGCUUUGGAUGUCAAUCAAUAAUAGGCUCUGAGGAUCGUGCUUAUGGUUGCACCGAAUGUAAGUAUUUCCUUCAUGAAUCAUGUGCAGAGUCUCCCAAAGAAAUUCAAUAUCCUUUUCAUUGGGACCACGGUCUUCUUUCCCUUCACAUUCAAUACUUCUGGUUUGAAUGCACACUGUGUAAGCAAACUUUGAAAACGUGUUUCACUUACAAGUGUGGACGGUGUACUUUUCGGCUGUGUUUGAAAUGCAGCGCAACCAAAAUGAGAGCAAGUAUUAAGUUUGAAAAUCACGAGCAUCUUCUUUGUUACAGGGAUAACAUGGUACCCAUGGACAAUCAUUGCAGUAUCAAUGAUUGCUAUGGUAAGCAGUCAUUUUCCUCCCACAGCACAGAACUUUCUUACACCUCUUCUUAUGCGACUUUUUGCUUGGAAUGCAACUUCAGACUCCACCUACUUUGUGGACCAUUGCCAUCCGUGAUCGAACAUGAGUCCCACAUUCAUCCUCUCAUUUUGGUUGAUUCACUAGUUGAGGAUGGUUAUGAAGAGUUUUAUUGCGACAUUUGUGAAAAAGAACGAGAUCCUCGAAUACGGGUUUAUUACUGUAAACCGUGCAAAUUUAUUGGACAUAUACAUUGCCUCAAAUCUAAGAUCAUACAAAUACUAACAGGAAACUUUAGAAAUGUGGAGCUAAAGAGUAUAGGAGAUGAUAUUUGGAAAUUGAAGCAAGGAAGAGAAGUGGAUCAUUCUUCAGCGAUAAUGAACGAAGAGCAAGAAGAAGCUCCUUUAACCUUACAGGACAUAAUAAAUGGACUGCCAGAACAAUUUUUACGUCGUUUAAAGGUUUAUUAUAAAUGGAAAGACGAAUCAUUUGAGCUAAAGGAACAAUUGGAAAAUAAGCUUGGUGAAGAAGAUAUUAAUUGGAUUUUACAACUUUCUCACUUAACCAUUGAGGAUUUUCAAGAAUUCUCUUAUGUUCUUCGAAAGUUCUUUCAAACGACUACACAAAUGGAAUGGAAAGCUAGCGAUUUAGGAGUUAAGAUUGUAAGUGUCAAAAAUUGUAAGAUACCUUUUACUUUAGCACCUGUUUUGAACAAAUUACUUGAUGAGUAUGGAGAUGUUGGUGACAAUGACGAUGACGAUGACGAUGACGAUGACUGGAAGUGGAAGUGGAAGUGCAUUGUGUAUACUGUUUUAUGUCAAGUCAUAAAGGAAAUGUGCAGUAUUACGGUGGGAGACAUCACCAAAGAUCAUCUUCAAGAAUGGUAUUAUCACUUGACAUUCGUGGCAACCCGUAAUUUUAAAAUUAAUUUUGCACUUUCUCAUCUAGAAAAACUCAUACGUGCUUUCUUCGGUCUUCAAGCGAAAAGACUUGAAGCAGAAAUCCCUAAAAAACUAAAGGAAAAGGAAUUAGAGCUAGAACAAGAGAUAAAACAGGUAAAGUCAAAAUUGAAGAAAUGUGAGGAGUAUAAUGACAAGUCUUUUCCAAAGUCUGAGCUCUUGAAGGAUUGUUUGAAUGAGGCUUCUGCAUUAAAGUUCAAGAAGGCAUGUGAAGAUUUGAUGAUUACAGAUAAUGACUCUGAAAUUCAGUAUUUGUGGAGACCAAGGUAUUAGCAGGAGGCUAAAACAAAUGGCAUCAUUAACAACCACAGGCAUACAGAGUUGAGGAGUAAGCUUACUGCCGGGAAUGUCACCAAGCUCAACGAAUUGUUUUGUUCUUGAAAAAGGAGGAAUGCAUCUAUUCGUGAAACUAUGAAAUACUACUGUUUUACGUCAAAAUUGUUGUAUUGAACUGGUUUUAGUAUGCAACAAAUGAUUCCAUGUCGUUAAUUAAUGAUAAGAAGUAACAAUGACUUCAAUUAUUGUA